AUGGAAACGAGACCAGACCCUGAUAUUGAUGAUGAUUUUAGCGAACUAUACAAGGAGUACACUGGCCCUCCUGGGUCAAAUGCCACAAACACACAAGAUAGGGCAAAGCCAAACAAAAGGUCCCUUACCGGGUCUGACGAGGAAGAGGAAACUCGCGACCCGAACGCGGUCCCAACUGAUUUCACCAGCCGAGAAGCCAAGGUUUGGGAGGCCAAGUCAAAAGCUACUGAGAGGAACUGGAAGAAGAGGAAGGAAGAGGAAAUGAUUUGCAAAAUCUGCGGGGAACCUGGUCACUUUACUCAGGGGUGUCCAUCUACGCUUGGAGCAAAUCGCAAGUCUCAAGAUUUCUUGGAAAGGGUACCUGCUAGAGAAAAGCAUGUAAAAUCACUUUUCACAGAGAAAGUGAUAGACAGGAUUGAAAAGGAUAUUGGCUGCAAUAUUAAGAUGGAGGAAAAAUUUAUCAUUGUCAGUGGCAAGGAUAGGUUAAUAUUAAGAAAGGGGGUGGAUGCUGUGCACAAAGUGAUUAGAGAGGAAGGUGAGCAAAGAGAUGGUUCUGGUUCUCACAUGACUAGAUCAAGGUCAUCUGAGCAAAGUCCUGCUGGUUCACGGUUACAACGCUCUGAAUCCCAGAGGUCUCAUUCUGGUCCCCGAAAUGGGUCACAUUUUCAACAAAGAUUUCACAGGCAGGAGAAGUUUGUUGAAGACCGUAUACGUCAGGAUAUGCAGAAAUUUUCCAGGGGUUCUCCACAAGCUUAUGGUAAUGAUGGAGCUAGAGGUCAUCCAAGUCAUUCAAAUUCUCCAGCCCGUGCCCCUUACAUGGGAAACUCGUAUAGUUCAUAUGAUGGUCAUAAUCAGAGCAUGGCUACUUAUAGAAAUGAUGGGUGGGAUUCUGAUAAAAAAGGACCUGAUAUGCAAUCUGGUCGUCAGUUUGAUUACUCUGCCACCCCUCAGACAUUAGAAGAAUUAGAAUUGGAGUACAAAAGAGAGGCAAUGGAACUUGGAAGAAUUCGUGACAAGGAAGAAGAUGAAGAAAAUUACAAACAUCGUGAGGUGAUUAGGGAAAUGAGAGAGAACUACAUGAAGAAACUGGGUACCCUGAGGGGGAUGCAUGCAAAACAGUGGGAGGAUUUUAUUCAAAUUGAUGCCCAGAGGCAUCAACAACAGGCUAAUCAGCAGAUGUCGACUUCAGGUUUUGGUGGUUAUAAAUCACAGAAUUAUAAUGAAUAUGAUGGCUCCUCAGCCAAUCCUCAUUAUGCCGGGGCCAGUUUAGCUAUGGAUUCAAGGAGCAGAUACCCAAACCCUAUGGAAAAUUAUCCGUCAAGGCCUCAUGACAACUUUGGCGAGUUCCAGCGUCAGAGGCAUGAUGAUUAUGGGAGAGGUUACGGUCGAUACUGA